UCUUUUUCAAAUAACGUCACUGCUAAGUGAAUGUGAAGUCACUCCUCAGCAUGGAAAGUCCUUUAAAGCAUCGGUAGUGUGAAUUGAAUUGUUAAAAGAGCAUUGGUUCCGAUGCGACAAGUCGUCGGUUGCGUUCUUGCUGUGAUGUUAUAUUUAAAGCGAUUUGUUUAAUCUACGAGAUUGCCGCGGACACCGGACGUAAUUGCUAACAAACCUUCAUGGUUCCUAACUCCUAGUGUACAAUCAUGGCGUCAGCGGCUAAAGAAAAUCCUUCAGAUCAAAUGUACCACUACGGCUACCAGAAGGACUUCCGGACGGCUCUUCCUCAGUUCCUAGCAGUGAGCGUAAAGAAUCUACUAUUAUUAAGCUAUGGAAUGACACUCGGCUUCCCGACCAUCCUCAUUCCUGCUGUACAGAGUCCUAAAGAAGGUGAAAUAUUACAUUUGCAAGCUUCAGAGAUAUCAUGGAUAAGUUCGAUAAAUUUGAUCGUUGUUCCGAUUGGCUGCGCUUUGUCCGGCGUGGUUACGACACCGGUGGGCCGCCGACGGGCUAUGCAGAUGGUGAACGUACCAUUCUUCAUCGCCUGGCUAAUGUUCCACUUCUCAGCCAACGUGGGACAUCUUUACGGUGCACUGUUCCUCACAGGGUUAGCGGGAGGAUUGCUUGAGGCACCAGUGCUGACAUAUGUGGCAGAGAUAACACAGCCACACAUCCGCGGCGCGCUCGCUGCCACCAGCUCCAUGUGCAUAAUCAUCGGUGUCUUCACGCAGUUUCUCUUCGGCCUGUUUAUGUACUGGCGGACUGUGGCACUGGUUAAUAUUAUAUUCACGGUGAUAGCCGUCUUGGCACUCUUCUUUGUUCCUGAAUCACCUCACUGGCUGGUGUCCAGAAAAAGAAUAGAAGAUGCAAGAAAGAGCCUACAGUGGUUACGUGGUUGGACAAAUCCUGAAGCUGUUGCAGGAGAGCUAAAAGACAUCCAAGCACUGUUCAAACGAAAAAAAGCUGAAACCGGGGAUCAAGAAGAAACUCUAUCGGAAAAGAUAUCACUGUACCUGGAUAGAAGUUUUUUGGUGCCUUUUUUCCUGGUCUCCUACACCUUCUUUGUCGGCCACUUCAGUGGAAUGACUACGUUACAGACAUAUGCAGUUUCAAUCUUCCAAAUGCUAGAAGCGCCUAUUGACAAGUACUAUGCAACGCUGAUUCUAGGCAUUCUGCAGAUAUUUGGGUCGGGCGUUUGUGUUGUACUUGUCCAUUAUACAGGGAAGAGGCCGCUAACCUUUUUCUCUACCGCUGCUGCUGGAGUGUGUUGUGUACUGGUUGCUGGUUACGAUGGGUACUUUAAAACGCACGAUGUUUUAAACAAAACUACUUGGGACAACGUACACAAUGCAACUAUCGGAGUCAACAGUAAUAAUUUUGACAAUCCCUAUUCCUGGAUUCCCACGACAUUAUUGAUGUUGCUUGCUUUAGUUACACACACAGGCAUACGACUUCUACCAUGGAUUCUUAUUGGAGAGGUAUUCAGCGCAAAAACUAGAUCCGGUGCAGCAGGCUUAUCAAGUGCUAUCGGUUAUGUCUUUGGGUUUCUCACAAACAAAAUGUACAUCACUAUGGUGGAUAAACUGUCCAUUUGGGGCACAUACGGCUCUUACGGAUUUAUUUGUUUGACGGGGUGCAUAGUCUUAUAUUUCAUAUUACCAGAAACGGAAGGCAAAAAACUAAACGACAUUGAAAAUCAUUUCACUGGCGUUAAACAUCUGACCAAAGGAGUAUACCGCUCCAAGAAAAAUAACCGCACUGAAAUAUCUCGAAUGAGAGAUUUAAAAGGCACGACAAAUCCAACAUUUGAACGGGACAACACUGACUUAUAGAAAUACAAUAAUUAUUGAUUUUGGAUCCUUUCUAAUCACCUUGAUGAAAAAAAAAUUAAAGAAAUUUCUUUUUCAUAAGAUUCCCUAAGAUGGAGGAAUUAGGAUGGAGGAUAUUGAUGAGUUACACAUAAUGAUAAAGAGAGAGAGAGCCAGCGCGUGCCAGGCCUUCGUUAUUUUAUAAAAGCUGAAAGUUGCUCCGAACAAAACAUGACAAAAUUACACUUAAUACUUUGACGUAAGAUUUUUUACAACUUUGUUACCUGUUAUCUCACUAAGCCACCACGAUCCAAACUUCAUAGUCGCUAAUCGUUCCUCCCUGUGUUGGGGACAAUACGCAGAGAAACUUUCAGCUUUUAUAAAAUAACGAAGGUCUGGCCCUCGCGUACUCUUAGUCCAUUACCUAAUGGCGAAGCAAGCAGGAUGUGCAAAGUUAAAUCUGCUGAGACCGAGUGUUCUAUUCAAUCUAAUUGCGUACAGUUUCUGAAACACUGAUAAUGACACCGAAAUGUUUUUUGUCUCAAA